GCCAGGACUGGGAAAGCCCCAAAGCAUGCGGCUCGUAAACUACACACGCAUGCGCAGCAGAGACUAUUCCAGCCAUUUACUUUCACUUUGCUCAGGUUUCUGUUGUCGUAAAUUGUAGCUUUACGUCUAAAAUUAUGACAAAAACUCAAUACAAACUCUGUCGUUAAAGUUGUGCUUAUUGGGUAAAAGUAUUUAUUUUUUUACUUUUUGGAAAGCUCUUCUUUUUCAAAAACUAACCCUGAGGAUGAACCGUAAACAACAUGGUUAGCUAACUGUGAAGCAACAAUGUUAUGACUUAUAUAAAGUAACAUUUAUCGACGGUGAUCUGCACAACAGACCUGCAGCAGAUCUCGCCAUGGAGCGAUCUGGAGCCAAACAGUGUGGUUCUUGGGAGAUGAAGGAGAGACUGGGGAUGGGGGCCUUUGGGCAUGUUUACCUGUACCAGCAUCUUGACACUGGCGAGAAGAUUGCUGUGAAACUUUGUCGCAUGGAGCUCAACUCAAAAAACAAAGACCGGUGGGGCAGAGAGAUUCAGAUCAUGAAGAAGCUGAACCAUGUCAAUAUUGUUCAGGCCAGAGAAGUUCCAGAAGAAUUGAACUCCAUUGCAAUAAAUGACCUUCCGCUGCUGGCGAUGGAGUUCUGCACAAGAGGAGACCUACGAAAGGUGCUGAAUAAACCUGAAAAUUGUUGUGGUUUAAAGGAGAGUGAAAUCCUCACAUUGCUUGGAGACAUCGGUUCUGGUAUCCAGUAUCUCCAUGAAAAUAAAAUAAUUCACAGAGACCUAAAGCCAGAGAACAUAGUCCUGCAAGAGAGUGAUGGGAAGCUUGUCCAUAAAAUAAUAGACCUGGGAUAUGCAAAAGAUCUGGAUCAGGGCAGUCUCUGUACAUCUUUUGUUGGAACUCUUCAGUAUCUGGCCCCAGAGCUGUUUGAGAGUAAACCCUACACUGUAACUGUGGACUACUGGAGCUUUGGGACGGUGAUCUUUGAGUGCACUUGUGGCUUUCGGCCUUUUCUGCACCACAUGCAGCCUGUACAGUGGACAAGCAAAGUCAAGAACAAAGGUCCUAAAGACAUUGUGGCAGUUGAGGACAUGAACGGAGAAGUGAGGUUCUCAACACAUCUGCCGUAUCCUAACAAUCUGAGCAGGCCUCUGCUGGAACCAGUUGAGACCCUGCUUCAGAUGUUGUUGAUGUGGGACCCUGCAAGUCGUGGCGGUGGGCUGGAUCCUGAAACAAACAAGCCAUAUUGCUACACCAUUUUGCAGAGUAUUCUCAGCAUGAAGGUCAUUCACGUCUUGGACAUGACCUCAGCUCAGCUGCAUUCAUUGGUUUUGAGUCCUGAGGAGAGUUUACACUCCCUGCAGCUUCGUCUGGAGUCGCACACCCAGACACCUAUCUCCCCGCUGAGUCAAGAGCUACUGCUGGAGACGGGAAUCUCCCUUGACCCACGCAGGCCACCCGCACAGUGUUUGCCAGAUGGUUUGCGUGGCUGGGACAGCUCCAUAGUCUUCCUCUUUGAUAAGAACCUCACCAAGUACUCCGGACCACUGACUGCCAGACCUUUGCCAGACAGUGUCAACUUUAUAGUCAGGGAGACUAAGACACAGCUGCCCCUGUCUGCCCUCAGGAAAGUGUGGGGCGAAGCAGUCAGUUAUAUUCACGGGCUAAAAGAGGACUACCUCCGCCUGUACCAGGGACAGAGGGCUGCCAUGCUGAGUCUGCUGCGUUACAAUACUAACUUGAUGAGGUACAAGAACCUGCUGUUCUGCCAGUCUCAGCAGCUCCAAGCUAAACUGACUUUCUUCAAGACCAGCAUCCAACAUGAUCUGGAGCAAUAUAAAAAGCAGUGCAGCUCUGGCAUCUCUUCAGAAAAAAUGUUGAGGACUUGGCAAGAAAAUGAAGAAAAGUCUGAUGAGUUUACAAAGGUUGCAGAUGUGGGGUAUUUGGAUGAAGAAAUCGUGGCCUUACAUUCUGAGAUUGUGGAGCUCCAGAGGAGUCCGUUUGCCAGAAAACAAGGGGAUAUAAUGGAAAAACUUGAAGAAAAAGCUAUUGAACUCUACAAGCAACUUAAAGCUAAAUGCAAAAGUCCCGACCCCCCACAUGGCUACAGUGACAGCUCAGACAUGGUGAAGACGAUACUUCAGAUGGUUCAAAACCAGGACAGAGUGCUGAAGGACCUGUACACCCACCUAAGUACAGUCUUAAUGUGUAAGCGACGCAUCAUGGAUUUGUUCCCUAAAUUGGAAAGGGCAGUAGAGAACAUAAAAGCUGCAGAGGCAGCAGUGAUGCAGAUGCAAAGGAAGAGACAGAAGGAGUUCUGGUUCCUUCUCAAGGUUGCUUGUUCCCAGCACAAUUCUCCAACUCUGCCACUGACAGAACAACCUACUAAUAGUGAAACAGUUAAUGGGCUGCUAGAUGAAAAUCACCAUUAUCUGAGUCAUCUCACUUCUCUGUUGCAAGAUGUCACCCAAGAAACGAACCAUAGUGUUAUGGAUCAGGACUGGACCUGGACUCAGUUUGAAGCAGUGAAUGUCAAUUCUCAGAAGCUGUAGCAUCUUCCGAAAAAUAUUUACUGUAAUAAGUGCCUUAUCAAAUUUACACUAUCAGAAAGAUGUGUGUCCCCCAUCUGUGUUAUUUACUUGUAUUAGUAUAGUGUAUAGUGGUGUAAGACAGGAAUCUGUGAGACAUUAUGACAGAGUGCACUAUGCACUAUGCAUGUUUUGAAAGUGUAUUUACAAAAUGUUGAAAAGUUUUUCCAGCAGUUAAUGGUGUAUUUAUUUUUUUCUGGUAAUUUUAAUCAAUGAAGAAUUUCUGCAGACAGAUUAUGCAUGACAGAAUGUGAAUAAAUAUUUAUGAUUGCAUGGAACGUGCAUAA